GACCUUCUUACUUCUCAGUUAUAUCUGUCCCUGCAUAUCCUCCCAUUCCCCAUUCCGCCAUGUUCACAGGUCUAGUUGAGAAAAUCGGGACGGUCUCGUCCCUGGAGCCCCUCGACACCUCGUCAAGCGGGGGCGGGGGUACCUCGCUGACCAUCACCGACUGCGAGGAGAUCCUCACCGAUGUCCACCUCGGUGACAGCAUCGCCGUCAAUGGAACCUGCCUCACGGUCACUGCCUUCGAAAAAACAUGGUUCAAAGUCGGCGUGGCACCCGAAACCCUCCGACGAACCAACCUCGGCUCCCUGCAGACGAACAGCCGCGUGAACCUGGAACGCGCCGUGCUGGGCGAAACGCGCAUGGGCGGCCACUUCGUGCAGGGCCACGUCGACACCAUCGCCAAGAUCCUCUCCGUGACACCCGACAGCAACGCCCUGGUGUUCCGCAUGCAGCCGCGCGAUCUCGCCGUCAUGCGCUAUAUCGUCGAGAAGGGCUACGUGACCCUGGACGGGGCCAGUUUGACCGUCACCAAGGUGGUCGAUGGCGAGGAGGGGUAUUUCGAGGUGAUGCUGAUUGCGUACACGCAGGAGAAGAUCGUUACGGCCGCGAAGAAGCCGGGCGAUUUCGUGAAUGUCGAGAUUGAUAUUGUGGGGAAGUAUGUCGAGAAGAGUGUACAGGCGUAUUUUGCCGGCACGGCGGGUGGCGAUUUGGGGAUUUUGGAGAAGAUGGUGUCGAGGAUUGUGGAGGAGAAGUUGAAGCGGUGAUGGGUCGUAUACUGAGGAUGUGGACGGUGGUGAUGUGAUCGUUGGGGGGUCUUACGAAUGUUACGAGGAUGCGAAAUGAUCAAAGGGAUUUCGUUAAGCACGCUUUUUGAUUGCAUAGAACAAUGAGUAGCCAGAGAUA